UAUGAAAAUGAUUUUAUUGAUAUGGGAUUAAUAGCAAGUGGUGGAUUUGGAAAUGUUUAUUUGGCUGAAAAUAAAUUAACUGGUGUUAAAUAUGCAGUUAAAUGUGUUAUUAUGAAAAAAAAAAGUAGUAUUAAACAUUGUGUUAAUGAAGUUAAAAUAAUAUCAAGAUAUAAUCAUCCAAAUAUUGUUGCAUUUAAUAGUGCCUGGAUUGAGGGUGAUUAUCUUGAUGAAGAACAUGUUGAUGAUAAUGAAACUGACAUUGAAACUGAUGAUGAUUAUUAUAGUGAGGAAGAAGUCAAUGAUGAUGAUGAUGAUGAUGAUGAAUCACGUACUUCAGACAGUGAUUCUGUUGUUCAAUAUGAAGCUCCAAAACCAAAGAAAAAUUAUUUAAAGCUUUAUAUACAAAUGGAACUUUGUAAAAAUACCCUGGAAGAAUGGAUGAAUAAAAGAACAGAACAAACAUCACCAAUUGUUAUUGAAGAAAUUUUAUUACAAUUACUUAAUGCACUUGAUUAUAUUCAUAAAAAAGAUGCUGUUCAUCAUGAUAUAAAGCCAAGUAAUAUAUUUAUUGACACAACUGAAGGUAUACAAAUUAAACUUGGUGAUUUUGGUUUGGCAUGUUUUGAACGACAAAAAAAUCAUCCUGCAAUGGGAACUCAAGUAUAUGCUGCACCUGAACAACUUCAAGGACAAUGUGAUCCAAAAAGUGAUAUUUAUAGUGUUGGUAUUAUAUUGUUUGAACUUUUAUUUCACAUACCAACUGCCAUGGAACGUAGUAAUUAUAUAACACUAUUAAAACAGGGUAAAUUUGAUGAUGAUCAUCAUAAAAAAUAUCCAGAAUGGUGUGAUUUAAUCAAAUUAAUUUUACAAAAUGAUCCAACAAAACGACCAUCAGCCAAAAAAUUGCUUUGA